AUGGCAGCUGUCAUUUACCUUAAGGUUCCGCACCGACCUGGAGGUGGUAUCACGCUCGUCUGCUCCAAGACUAAGGUAGCCCCGCUCAAACGGCUGACCAUCCCACGCCUGGAACUCACGGCAGCUCUGCUCCUAGCAAAGCUCAUACGGUACGUGCAGGAUCAGCUCAACCUCAGAGCUGCGCCCACCUACCUUUGGACGGAUUCCUCAGUCACGCUCACAUGGAUCAGCUCCCACCCAUCGCGGUGGAAAGAAUUCGUGAGGAAUCGUGUCGCCCUCAUCCAAGAGCUAACUCAACCAGCUUAUUGGAGGCUGGUGUCUGGCAAGGAGAAUCCAGCAGAUUGUGCUUCUCGAGGUCUCACAGCGCAACAGUUGGUAGCGCAUAAGCUGUGGUGGACAGGGCCGCCAUGGCUGCAACAGGACAGCUCAUCUUGGCCAACUCACGUUCUAGAAAGGGACCUCAAUGUGGACCUCGAAGAGAAGCCGGGACAGCUUUACUACGGCGCCGCUCAGCAAAUAGCUAUCUGGGAUCUCAUCGAUAGGUUCUCUUCGUUCAACCGGCUGCUCCGGAUCACAGCGAUCUGCUCAAGGUUCAUCGCUCGGCUUAGGAGGGUUCCUAAUACGUCACUCCAUUAUCCGUUCACGCUCAGCGAGCUGGAAGAGGCACGGCUCCUGUGGAUCAAACUCACCCAGGCCACUCAUUUCAGGGAGGAACUAUGGACAAUCUCUCGAGGGGAGAAAUUCACCAGGUCCCAUCCGCUCACCAAGCUCACCCCGUUCAUUGAUCGUCAAGGGAUUCUGCGUGUAGGCGGGCGGCUCAGGUUUGCGCAGCUCGACCCCGAGAGCAAAAAUCAGGCAAUCGUCCCGAAGGAAUCGCAACUGGCUCACUUACUGAUAAACCGAGCUCACCUACGCACACUUCACGGCGGGACACAGCUCACCCUUCGUCAGCUCAGGACUACUUACUGGAUCCUCGGAGGCCGAGCUCCAGUACGUUCCUUUAUUCUUAAAUGCGUGAAGUGCGCUCGACAACGUGGGAUACGUGCUCAACAGCUCAUGGGACAGAUGCCACCAGCCCGACUCACCCCCGCUCGCGCCUUCCUCAACACGGGGGUCGAUUACGCCGGCCCCAUAUCGCUCCGGUCAUGGAAGGGACGGGGUCACAAGUCCUACAAGGGUUGGUUGGCUAUCUUUGUUUGUAUGACCACCUCAGCCGUGCAUCUCGAGGUAGUAUCAGCCUUCUCAGCUGAUGGAUUCCUUGCGGCAUACAGACGUUUCUCCAGUAGGCGCGGGAUCGCUCACUCCUUAUUUAGCGACUGCGGUACCACUUUUCUCGGCGCUGAUAAGGAGCUCAGGAGACUAUUCUCAGCAGGAUCAUCCCAAUCUCGGCAGCUCGCCCAGCUCCUCAUCCAAGAUGGGACCCAGUGGUCCUUCAACCCUCCAAGUGCACCGCACUUCGGAAGCAAAUGGGAGGCGGCAGUGAAGUCGGUGAAAUAUCAUCUCACCCGGACAAUCGGCGAGGAUCUGCUCACCUUCGAGGAACUCACCACGUUGCUCACCCAAAUUGAGGCAGUUCUCAACUCACGGCCGCUGGAACCGCUCACGGAUGAUCCUGACGACUGCUCGGCUCUGACCCCCGGACACUUCCUCAUCGGGCAGGCUCCUACGACUCUUCCAGAGCCAUCAUUGGAGAAUCUUAACGUCUCUAGACUCUCCUGA